CACAUUAUUGCAUGUCAUCUUCGUCUUGCUCUGCGCAUCCGAAAAUCCAUACACAUCCAAAGGCAAAUUCACCACCGGCACUGCUAAACCUGCCGAGAAUCACACCAACUGGCUUCAGAAUAAGCAAUAGCUACUUCACUUGUAUAUGCUAUCACCGCCAGAAGAAGCCAAAUUCAUUGUUCAGGAAGGAGCCUUUUGGUGGGAAAACGAAGAAGAACUGGGGCCAUCAUCAAUUGGUUAAAAAUCCAAGUGAAGCAAGUGACAAAAAGAAGAAGGGUAGCCUUGCUGGAGCAAUUGCUCUUGUUAUCGGGACCAGUGUCGGCUCUGGAAUUCUCGCACUUCCCCAGAAAGCUUCCCCAGCGGGAUUUGUUCCAAGUUCAGUAUCAAUAAUAGUAUGUUGGGCUUUUCUCCUCAUUGAAGCACUUUUACUUGUUGAAAUCAAUGUGGCUCUUCUGAGGAAGAGGAAGAGGAAAAGCGAUGGUGACUUGGAGGUCAUUUCUAUUACAACAAUGGCCCAAGAAACACUUGGGGAAUGGGGUGGUACUCUGGCCACUCUCACUUAUGUCUUAUUGGGAUAUAGUUGCAUGGCUGCUUACUGUUCCAAAUCUGGAGAUCUUCUUUUUCAAUGGAUCAAUCUCCCGGCACCAGUAUCAGGCUGUCUAUUCACUGCUUUCUUCACAGUGCUUAUCUCCAUUGGGGGAACCCGAGCUACUGAUCUAGUUAACCAAUGGCUUACAGCUUCCAUGAUUGGUCUCUUAUUGGCUAUCGAAGUGCUAGCAGUUACGUUUGGGGGAUUGUCUGGAAUAGGAGGAGGCAGUGACUGGUCAAAAGUGCCCGCAACGAUGCCCAUCAUUAUCUUUUCCCUUGCGUAUCAUGAUUUAGCACCUGUUCUUUGUGCGUAUCUGGAAGGUGAUUUGGAUCGUAUAAGAGCUUCAAUAUUUUGGGGUAGCCUUGUGCCACUAACGGCAUUGCUUGUUUGGGAUGCAAUUGCCCUUGGUUUGGCAGCAGAAGCAGAACAAAUAGUUGAUCCUGUGGAGCUGUUAUUCAGGGUGGAAUGGAGUGGUGUUCCACUUUUGGUCGGGGCCUUCUCACUUCUAACAGUUGGGACUUCACUUAUUGGUACCCUCCUCAGUUUUUCAGAGUUCUUCAAGGAGCAGCUUAAGAAUCUAACCUGGAAUUCUCCUCCAACCCAGGAAUUAAAUGGUGGUUGGUGGGGAAGGAAUAAAAUGAACAUCAUGGCUAUGACAAUUGUAGUUGCUCCUUCUCUGUUUGUCUCAACAACUUUUCCAGAUGCAUUCUCCGCCGCGACUGAUAUUGCUGGGGGCUACUGCCUGACAGUGCUGUAUGGAGUUCUUCCACCGGCAAUGGCAUGGACAAUGCAGAAGAAAGAAUAUGAAUGUUCUGAUGAAAAGUCGUUAUCAGAUGCUUGGCCAGCUCUUAUUAUGGUUGCUUUAUUUGCUUGUGGCAUUGUGGUGGAUCAAAUCUUGCAAGAUACCCAAGCACUGCUGUUGUAAAUUCCUUCACCUUAAUUUUUCCAUGUAGAUAAUUUCUCCAAGUCCAUGUCUCAUGCAACAUGUAACAUUGUGACAUUAAAUUCCUAAUAAACUUCGAUGGAAGUGAGAUUAUAUU